AUGGGGUGCUGUGGCGACCGAGAGAAGGGCCUCAUUGUGUCCGAGGAGCAGAAGUGGGAUUAUAUCGUGACCAAGAACCUCUCCGACUUCAGGUCAACCUCCUGCCUCACGCCAUUCUCCUACAUGUGGCUUUGGAUCCUCGUCAUCAUCUCAUGCGCCAUCUACCUCGCCGACGGCUUCACCGCCGUAAACCUCCUCGCCUUCAACAACUGGUCCAGCCAGGUGAAGCCCGCGGUUCCCUUCGAGAUUGCCAAGUGGAUUUUCGCCAUUACCAUUAUCAUUUCCUACGUCUUCCUUUUUUACCGAUACUUCCGAGCCAUGCGCGUUAUCAAGUCUGGCAGUGUGACCGAAUGCUACCUCGAGCCCGUGGCUGUCAUCUGGCAGAGUAUGCGCAUUACCAAGGCCGGUCAGGGCUGGAGACGCUUCCUGGUUUUCGCCGAACUCACCAAGAGUAAAAAGGGCGCCAACUACAUCGCUCUCUUUGUCUACUUCCAGUUCAAGAGUGCCCUGCUUCUCAUCGUUGCACAAGGGCCUCGCACAGCUAUCAACGCCAUGACCUUGUAUGCAGUCAUGCAGGCCCAACUUCUUCCAGUCGGCGAACAUGCUUCCAAGGAUCGCUCCAACUUUGAGCAAUUCUUCAUGAACAUCAAAGUUUUGGUCGAGACCGGAAACAAGCAGGAGACUGUCAUCUACUUCACCAUGUUGUUCUCCCUACUGAUUUGGGUCAUCUCCGCCUUGGGCCUCAUCAUUUCGGGCAUACUCUACAUUGUCUUCCUAUGGCAUUACAUUCCCAAAGCUGAUGGCUCAUUGACUCAGUACUGCCGACGCAAGGUCGAGACUCGUCUUGAGCGUAUUGUGGGCAAGAAGGUCAAAAAGGCGAUUGAGAAGGCGGAUCAAAAGAGAAGGCUAGAAGAGGAGAGGGCCAUCAAGAAGGGCAAGCUCGACCCAACACAGACACGCCCUACGCUGCCCAAGCUUGACCUUGACGAUGACACUUCUACUGUCUUCUCGGUGCAACGCUCCGACACCAUGACUACCAGCACCACGCUUCCACCAUAUUCCGCCAACGGUCCAGCAAGGCCAGGAACCUCGAACACCAACCGUGGUCCCACGAACCCCAGACUACCCACGCUUGACGAGAGGCCUGUAUACCCCACUCGUUCAGAUACAAACUAUUCCACCGCCAGUUACCGCUCCAACGCACCCCUUCUGGACCAAGCCGGUGGCAUGGCCACUGGAACGCCUACCGACCCAAUGCCACCAAUGGACCGAAGAGAUUAUUUCAACCAACAGCCUCCUCGAUCUUACACGCCGAGCAGCCGGCCGUACCCUGAAGCGGCUAAUGCCCGAUCAAACACUCCAAUGAGUAUGCGAGGAAUUGGAGGUUUGCCGCCAGUUGACACAAGCUACUCGACCGUGGGUAACAACCACGUUACAUCCGAACCUCGCGUCACCUCACCCCUGUCCAACGAUCGCCGGGGACCAUCACCACCACAGUCAACCCGACCAUACCCCGAGUUCAGUCCCUUCGACAGCCGUGGGCCACCUCAAGCCGAGCAAUACGAACUCUCACCAGUCGAGACUACCAUGUCAAGCGAACACGGCCACCAACCCUACUACUCAAACUCAAGCAUCCUGGACGAAUACAACUCCCUCCAAGCACCCCCUCCAAUCCCCGAUGCCCUGCGCGCCGGCUCACCCGCACAAUCUGGCCUACCCUCAGGCCCGCGAUCUCCCCCACGAGCAGGCACCGCACCACCACCACGCGUCGGCACCGCGCCUCCCCGUCCCGGCCUCCCUGCUUCCCUGACAUCCGCCAUCCAGCGCCGCGAAGCUUCCCAACCGCUGCCAAACCGCGGCAUGACGAGCUCCGUCCCCCAACAACGCAGCGCCACUGCCCCGAUCCAACAACCAUCUUGGAACGCAGGCAACAUGGGCCCGGAUCGUAGUUACACGCCCAUGUCUCAGCCAGAUCGUAGUUACACUCCUACAUCGCACACAGGCAACAUGGGCCCGGAUCGUAGUUAUACGCCCAUGUCUCAGCCGCGUUACCCCCCGCGCGGCUAUGACCAGAACCAGGGCUACGACCAGCACUACUAA